GAGGAAUGCUGUUUUCCCAAUGUUUCCGCUUAACGUGAACGCAACAUUCGGUGGAUUUCCCAUGAUUCCGAGCGGUAAGAACGAACCAGGCGCGGACGUUAAAAAAUAAUGGCAGACCAGUGUGACACUUUACAACCAAUAUUGAACUCAGAUGAGACAGAAGGUUCGUCCACUGUCCACAGCAAAGACGGCAGAAUAAAGCGGAGACUCUCCUUUGCCUCAGAGAAGAACAGCAGGACCGCCGAGGAGUCCAGUAUGACAUGUAGACUACUUAGCUUACAGAGUGUGUCCGACGGUUCAAAUUCAUACCGACUCUCGUCAGAAAUAGAUGAACGCCGAACAGACUUAAUCAAAAUAAGUUUAGAAUCAAAUAAUGGCACUGAUGUUAAAGGUGUGCCUCGGGAAGAGCACAGUGUGCCCAAUACAGAAGAAAAGGAAAACUCUUCUGAGCUUCCAGAUAUUCAAGGCAAAACGGAAACAGAAGAGACUUCUGGUCCAGAUGUCAGAAAGGACACCAACUUUGAGGAACAAGAUGCUGAGGUGGUGAGAAAAGCUCAGGAAGAAGGCUGCGUGGACGUGGUCUUCCCCGGCGCCGUGACCCAGGACGGCUGCUACCGUUUCGUCAGCGAGAUCCUCAAGUGCAUCCUCUAUCAGAGACAGCAGCUGCCCAUGACGUAUGACCAGCUGGUUUACUCCCAGAAAAAGCUGCAAACUUCAAAGCAGGAAAGAGGCGCAGUGACUCGAAGGCCAUUGCAUUCUGCGGAUCUGGAUCUGCGCAAAUGUCACCAAACUCUUCAGGAGCUGGAGGAGCUUCUGCAGCAGCUGGAGGUGCUUUUUUCUAUGAGCAGAGUACCCAGAGUUUUACUGUUGAUGGGUGGCUCACUCAUUCUUCCUAAAGAAAUGUAUGAGGUCAACAUGGAGGCCCUGGGCCUGGCUACUGGGGAUCAGUCUCUCAGAGCCUCCUCCUGCUUGAGGCAGCUCUUCCGCACUCUCUUUGUUGCUGACUUGUUGUCUGACAACAAUCCUGUUCGCCUGAUGCCCACCACGGUCCUGGCACUGGCUCACAGGGAAUGUGGCGUUGGUUGGUUCCGACCUAAACUACAGUUUAAAGUCCCAACUAGAGUGAAAAUUAAAAUCAUUACUCUGUCUACGGAGGGGCAUGCAGCCAAGGGGGAAGACUGGCAGGAUUAUGUGUGGUUUCAGGCUCCCACGGCUAUUAAGGGCUUCACCAACUGACCCAGUUCAUUCACCAAAUUUAGAAUUUUACAUAUUUUAAAGUUUUCUGUUUUUAGAACAUAUAAAUUUAAAUGAAUUGAUUUGCUCAAAUGUGUAAAGGGAUCCUUUUAAAGUCUAUAAUUCAGUUAAUAUUUCUUGAAGAGACAUUAUUGCAGUUUUGAAAGCAUCUGAAUUAUUGUUUAUAUUUAUAAAGCCUUUUCUUUCAUACAUAUUAAACACAGUGACACACUCGACUCCUUAGUGCAAUAUACUUUUACUGAACAUAGCUUGAAAGGUUUAUUGCUUUUUUUACAUUCUGAGGGAAAUCUGAAUGUGCAAGCAUGUUUACAUGUACUGAACCAUUAGCAAUUUUAAUUAUAACAAGCAAAAUGUUGCAUGGAAGAAAAAUAAAAUCUGUUUUCUGUAUUUGUGGAGCUUAAUAUGUUGAUUGUUAAAUAAACCAUACAACUGCUUUAUUCAGAACACA